AGAUGGCGACAGUGUUGGUCGAUGAUCGUUAAAAUUAGGUAUUUUUCGGAAAAAGAAGUUCUGUUACAUUCUCUGCUGCAAUUCAGACGGCAUAUCAGUGUAGUGUACCAACGUAAAAGAAGUUUCCAGGAGUACGUGAGAUAAUUAGUAAUGUCUGUGUCGAGUGAAUGAUUAAAUAGCACACGCCUGCAAAUGAAUAAAGUUUGUAAAUAGAUAAGACCGAGACUCGCAACUCACGCGGUUAAAUCCUGAAUAAUGGGUGUGAUCAGUCUCCGCGUUUUCGAUACCUUGUAUUAACACUCGCCGUUUUCGAUAACUAGGAAAAUAAAUUCGUCAACCACGGUGGAACGCCCGUCGAUAAACUUUGCUAAACCGCGUGCCAAAAUGAGCCUGAGUAUAACAAGGCUAUUUACAAAGAAGAAGAACAGCAACGUCGAGGUAGUUUCGGAGAUAGGUCUGCCGACAAACGUCACGCAGAAUAUCCACGUUACGAAAAAUGUCGAAACUGGUCAACUCGAGGGUCUGCCCGACCGGUGGAUCCAAGAAUUGGACAAGCAGAUAACCAAGGUCGAGCAGAGUGAGCACCCAGCAGCAGCCUUGCAGGCGAUUAAGUUCUACAAUUAUUCAAUAAAGAAAAAACCGCUCGAGGAAGUUUUCAAACCAUUUGUCACAGAGAAAUUGAUCGCCGAAGAAUCGCAAGAGAUCGAUAAAAUCUUAUCGAAAAAACAGUAUCAAUCUGGUGAUUCCGACGGCAGCACCUCCAUCAGCUCAAAUGACAGCCAGCAGAGAUUACCAGACCUGCCUCCGAAGCUCAACAAACACCCCAAGCCCGCCCCACGAACAAAGGUGGAACAUUCUGAAAAAACGUUGACAGAGAUACUAGAGGAUUUAACUACUUACCAAAUUAACGAAGAAGAUGAAACUCGACUGCCAGAUGAUAUCCGUCACCCGGAAGACGAGAGUCCCAUACUACGAAGAAAGACUGAGGGUUCGUUAGGGAAAAUGACAGAGGACGAGGUUUUCGAGGAGCUGAGAAAAAUCUGCAAUCCCGAAGAUCCGCAUCGCAGGUUUGAGAGAAGCAAGGAAGUAGGAGCUGGUGCGUCGGGCACUGUUUUCAUAGCCACCGAUACAAAGACUGGUCAAAGAGUGGCCAUCAAAGACAUUGAUUUGACCAAACAGCCUAAGAAGGAGCUAAUUCUGACAGAGAUUCAAGUCUUGAAAGGAUUCCAUCAUCCAAAUCUCGUCAAUUUUCUUGACGCUUAUCUGGUAGACGAAAAUCUAUGGGUGAUAAUGGAACUGCUGGAUGGAGGGCCGUUAACGGAUGUCGUCACUGAAACUAUUAUGAAGGAGGCCCAGAUAGCGGCAGUCUGCCGCGAGGUUCUCAAAGCUGUUAGCUUUCUACAUGCAAAAGGAAUCAUUCACAGAGACAUUAAAUCCGACAACAUUCUACUUGGAAUGAAUGGGUUGGUAAAGGUGACAGACUUUGGAUUUUGCGCAAACAUUGUUGGUGACGAAAAGAGGCAAACAAUGGUUGGGACCCCAUAUUGGAUGGCUCCAGAGGUUGUUACACGGAAACAGUACGGUAAAAAAGUAGAUAUUUGGUCUCUUGGUAUAAUGGCGAUUGAAAUGAUCGAAGGAGAGCCUCCGUACUUGAAGGAAACUCCGCUCCGAGCUCUGUACUUGAUCGCUGCUAUAGGGAAACCAUCCAUCCCGAGGUGGGAUACGCUAACUCCUCAUUUUCAAAAUUUCCUUGAGAGAUGCCUGGCUGUCGAGGUCGAUGAUCGAGCAACAGCUGAGGAGCUGCUCGCUCAUCCUUUCUUAGAUAACUGUGCAGAUUUAUCUACGCUAACACCGCUAAUUCGUGCAGCCCAAAAAAUUUUGCGAAAAGUAUUUUAAACAAAUUAUAUUGUCUCAAAAAUUAAUUAUAUGAGUAGGAAAAUUGAGAAAAUAUUCUUCCACUCAUCAUUUCCAGUUGUGUAUCGCUAUCGUUUCAUAGCCAGUACUCGACCCUUCGAUACGUGCCGCAGAAUAUUUAUACAUACAGUUUUUCUGUAAUAAAUUUAGCAUAAAAAAAGUUUUAUCCAUUUUACAAAUAUUUACUCGAGAUAUACUAUACAUAUUUUUGAAGCCUGUAUAAGUUUACAUUUAACAUUAAUAUGAAACAGUCAUGAUUAGUAUAUUUAGUAUUUGUAGUUUAUCAAUGAUUGCAGAUAUAAAUAAUUUGAUCUAGUGCAAUCAAGUGUAGUCAAAGAUAAUUGAUACUAUGUUCAAGACUGACACAAAGUAUUCAAUGUAAAAUCAACUUACAUCACUUAACAAAAGUAUUUUGCAUAUUCAGUCAGUGUUAAAAAAAAUUCAUAACUUACUUUGCGAUAGACCUUUAAAGAUUGAAGACUCACUUGUUUUUUUUUUUUUUUUUUUUUUUUUUCUUUCAAACAAACCAAAUAUUUUGAGAACUACUUAUUAGAGUAAACAACUGCCAAUAUAUAAUCCGUCAAUUUUCAGGCAGGGUUGGCAUUAAUCGACGUGUUUUACAUUUUCUCAAGUGCCUAGCUUUCCGCUCAAAAGUAUUUUUGCCUUUGAGCAGUAUUAAAACGUAACAAGUAAUUUUGAUAGAUUUUAUACAAUUGUGAUAAGUAAUUUUCAGGUAAUCAUUCAAAAUUUUAUACAUAUGUAUACAGUUUUUGCUAACCCUGGAUUAUAUAAUUGUAAUUUAGCAAUAACCAUUCUGACGUAAAAAUCGAUCAUUUUUUAAACGGACCAAACAAAUGCUACAUUCUAUAAUAUAGGUUAUUUCAUGUAACAGUUUAUUUAGAUGAGCAUUCAGCAUUUUUUCUAUUUGUACUUUACACAAUUUUUUAGAUUAAGAUGAUGCAAUAAUAAUUAUGCUUGUGAAGCGUGAUUUGUCUGCUCGUUGUCAAACAACCAAGCAUUUUAUACCCUAACAUUGUAAAAUCAUAUUUGUAUUCAUAAAAAUGUUACUUUUUAUCAAAAUUCCCAUGAAUUUGACAAUAAAAUUCUGAGCAAAUAAUAUAAUCAAACUUUCCCAACGACAUAUAGUGUGACAUCGAAUUCCAGCAUGCAUAUUAAGAAAAUAAUAACUGUAAAAAAGUUUAGAUGUAACGCCACAACUUCCUUAUCUUAAUUAGACUUUUAAGCAAAAGCUGUAGUAUUGAAUUGCUUUAAAAUACUGGUAACGUAGGAGAAGAAAGGAAGGAGAAAAUUAACCUUCAUGAGAAAUCAAUUGAGAUGUGAUACAUAGAUUGAAUGAUAUUGUUGAUAAUUUAGUGGUUUGUGGACAACUUCUGUACAACAAGUUAUCGAUAUUAAAAAUGCAGAUUUCAAAGUAUCCAACUGGAAAUCACACCAACAAGUUAUUUAUAAUACCAACACUAACCACACAAAAGAGCGUUUGUGAAAAAUUUAAAUAAUUAAUUGUUUACAAAAAAAAAAAUGUCCAUCUUUUAAUAUUAAUGCCAGAUUUUUAUGUAUGAAUUGCUUGUAUGAGAAUUCUAAUCAAACUGUGUCUGAAUUGUCAAUCAGAUCUAUUGCGAUUUCGUCAAUUCUAACAAAUAUAAGAUUUUUCAUAAAAUUAUUGCACAGUCACAGCUGUAAAUCGCAGCCCUUAUCUGCUGGGCUAUAAAUAUUGUAUGAGUUAUGUAUAUGUAAUUAAAACACGUAUGUAACAAUCAUAUAAAAGAAAUUAUACAUUUUUUUUCCCCCUGGUCGGAGAUUGAGUCUAAUGCCUUG